AUGGCUUUUUAUUCCUUUGAUGUGGAUUCGCCUGGAGCUCAACUCUUCAUAAUGUAUCAGCGCGGUCGAAACAGCAUUCGAGAGGAAUAUGAUGAUCAAUUUAUGAGGGGUCGGGGCAAUGGCAGGGAGGUGACGUUUCACAGAGUUGUGAAUGUAGUGGAGAGAAGUCGUCCCAUGCAGAUUAUGGGUGGAGACUUUGAGAGGAGAGGACUUGAUGGACCAAUGUACAAUGAGCCCAUGCCCUAUCAAGACCCAAGGGAUUGUCAAGGCAACAACAAUUUCCCACAGAAUAAUAUGCACUUUCAUGAAAAUGAAACGCAGCGCUUUGGAAACUUUCACAGAAAUCCUCCACCUCCAAGAAAUGAAGGACACAACGUUCACAACAGAGAUGACCUCAGAUAUCAUUUAGACUCCAGAAACAAUGGCAGAGGAGGGAAUUUUUUCCGUAACCGUGGCAGAGAUGCAGGACCUGGUUUAAGGGAGGACAUGGAUUACAGGCGUAAAGAACCAUUUGUCAGAGAUCGCUCACCAGUCAGGCGUGGGAACCGUUCUUCCAGUUCUGCAUCUAGACCCUCUGAGAAGAACUCCACUCAACAAACACCGAAGCUCACACCACCUGCCAGUCCGCCACAUGCAGACCCUGAAGAAGACCCUCUACAGAAGCCAACAACAUCAAAGGGGAGCCCUCCUCCGUCUGUGCCCGAGCCGGAGCAGGAGGCGGAGGCUGCCAGCAUGGAACCAGAGCCGACACCAGAGCAGGACUUGAAGGCUCGCCGGUUGGAGGCCAUUAAGGCAAAAGCUUUGGAAAUCGAGAAGGAUUACAGGCAGGACUGCGAGACAUUCCGCACGGUGGUGAAGAUGCUGGUGGAGAAGGAGCACAGUCUGGAUUAUCUGCUGCAGGCGCCACUGGAGAAGAACCUGGAGGAGAUAAAGGGCCGCUGCCUGGACUCGUUAAAACAGUUCAUAAAAGAGCUGGACGAGGCCAUAGAGCCGCCCAGCGAGACCGACCAACCCACAGAGACCUGA